CGAACAAUUUUUGGUUGGUAUAAUAAAAUUGCAAAAUUAAGGAAAAGAUUAAAAAGUUGAUUAUUUGUAAUCCCCAUUUCUCAAAUAUUGAACCAGUUUAGAAAUUGGAAUUCAUGGCUGCAAUCCAGAACCUUUUUAAUCUCCCUUUUGGGAACUAUCCCAGAAGAGAUAUAUAUAGAAUUCCAUUAAUUUUACCCAUUCCUAAAUUUAGGGUUCCAAUUAAAGUCACAAAUGGGUUAUCCUCCUCACUCCAAUCAAAGACCCAUAAAAUUUUGCAUCAAUUCGAUCCUAAUAUUCCAUUGGAAGAAGCUGCGACUCCACCAAGUUCGUGGUAUUUUGAUCCCUCUUUCUAUUCCCUUGAACUUGAUCAUGUAUUCUACGCAGGGUGGCAAGUAGUAGGAUGCAUUGAUCAGAUAAAGGAUGCUCAGGACUAUUUCACUGGCAGUGAUUGCAGAUUGGGGAAUGUGGAGUAUGUAAUAUGUCGAGAUGAUGAUGGUGAGAUCCAUGGUUUUCACAAUGUCUGUCGCCAUCACGCAUCUGUUCUUGCUUAUGGAAGUGGUAGGAAAACCUGCUUUGUAUGUCCUUACCAUGGAUGGACAUAUGGAUUAAAGGGAAAUCUCUUGAAGGCACCAAGAAUUACUGGCAUACAGAAGUUUGAUCCUAAGGAGUUUGGGCUCAAACCUAUAUGUGUUGCAACAUGGGGGCCGUUUGUUGUGAUCAAUGUAGGCUCGUCCGAGAAGAAAGUUGAUUGUGCAACAUUGGAGAAACAAUGGCUGGGUAGUUCGGCAGGCUUUCUCAGUGCCAAUGGGGUUGACACCUCUCUGAGUUACAUUUGUAGACGUGAGUACACUAUAGAGUGUAACUGGAAGGUAUUUUGUGACAAUUACUUAGACGGUGGUUAUCAUGUUCCCUACGCACACAAAGAACUUGCUUCCGGACUUAACCUUGAUACAUACAGCACUGAAAUGUUUGAAAAAGUCAGUAUCCAAAGAUGCACAAGCUCUUCUACUGAAACCGGAGGCAAUGACAGACUCGGUUCUAAAGCGCUCUAUGCUUUUAUUUAUCCUAACUUCAUGAUAAAUAGGUAUGGCCCUUGGAUGGACGCCAACCUUGUUGUUCCUUUAGGACCGCGGAAAUGCAAAGUAGUGUUUGACUACUUUCUUGAUUCGUCAUUAAAGGAUGACAAGGCAUUCAUCCAAAGAAGCCUAAACGACAGUGAAGCCGUACAGAUAGAAGACAUCAUGUUAUGUGAAGGUGUACAAAGGGGUCUUGAAUCACCUGCAUAUGAAACUGGAAGAUAUGCACCCACUUUUGAGAAGCCAAUGCACCAGUUCCACUGCUUGCUGCACAGCAGCCUGAUCGAACGGCCGAUUGUCGCUUAGUUUCAUAUUUGUUAGUAUAAGAAUAAAUCUAGAUUUUUUUAAUUGGGGUAAGGCCAGAAAAUCCUCAAUAGACUAGGGGAAGAGGAAUUGAACGUGAUGAGAAUCAAACCCUUGUUAUAAAGGUGAAAAGGAAAGCAACCACUAGGUCAACCCACGAUUUCCGUGAAUAAGUCUAUUUAAUAUGACAAGUAUAGUUUCGUCCAAAUUGUAAAUUAUGUUGUCGUUUAUGUAUAGUUGUCAUUAAGUUUAUUGGGGUAAGGCCGGGAAAUCCUCUACUAAGGGGAACGAAGAGGAACUGUACCGUUUGUACAUGCUGAGAAUCGAACCCUUGUUAUUAUGGUGAAAAAGGAAAGCAACCAUCAGGGCAAUCCCAGAAUAAGUAGUUAAUGUAACGAGAACUAUAGUUUCAUCCAAACUGUAAAUUAUGUCAUCGAUUAUGUAUAGUUGCCAGUAAGUUGAAUUGAAUGUUCAACGUAUGUAUAAUAGUUGCGGUGAUGUUUAAGAGGC